CUUUUGAAAAGGAUCCGGCCACAGCAAGCUGAUAAACAGGCACCAUGAAGCUGGGGCAGCGUCUCUCGGUUUGUGUCCUGCUGCUACUUUGUGUGACACAGAGCGCAGAUGGAGGGAACAUUUUGGUGUGGUACACUGAAGGCAGCCACUGGAUUAACAUGAAGCCUGUGCUGGAGUCGCUGAUUGACAGGGGACACCAGGUGACGGUUCUGGUCCCGAGCACGUCAAUGUUCAUGAACGCCAGUGAGCCUUCUCGCUUUGGCUACGAACCCUUCAACGUCUCUGUCUCGAAGGAGACAAUAGAGGACUUUAUGAAAGAAUUCUUUCACUUCUCCAUGUAUGAAAUGGAUCAUAUGAGUUACCUGCAGAUUUACAUCAGAUUCAUUGAGCUGAUGAAGGGCAAUCUGCAGAACUCUUUAAAGUUUUUGGAUGGCGUGGUGAAAUCAGAGACCAUCAUGAAGAAGCUGAAGGAGGGAAAAUAUGACCUUCUCCUGGCUGACCCCGUCUAUCCCGGCAGUGACUUAGUAGCAGAUAUUUUGGCCAUCCCCCUGGUCUUCUCCCUGCGGUUUUCCAUAGGCAAUACAUGGGAGAGACAUUGUGGUCAGCUACCCGCUCCUCCUUCCUUUGUUCCCGGCACUAUGAGCAAACUGACUGACAAGAUGGACUUCCGAGACAGAGUGUGGAACUUCCUCUUCUACGCACUGCAGGACGCUGUAAUCGAUAACUUUUUUUUUAAAGAAGUAGAUAAAUAUUACUCCGAAAUCAAAGGAAAACCCACCAGUGCCUGUGAGAUGAUGGGUAGAGCAGACAUCUGGUUGAUGCGAACCUAUUGGGACUUUGAUUUCCCCCGUCCUUCUCUCCCGAACUUCAAAUUCGUUGGUGGGAUCCACUGCAGACCUGCUAAACCUUUACCAGAGGAUAUGGAAGACUUUGUGCAGAGUUCUGGAGAUGCUGGCAUCGUGGUCUUCACUUUGGGAUCAUUCAUCAAGAACAUCACCACAGAGAAGGGGAACAUGAUCGCCUCAGCCCUCGCUCAGAUCCCACAAAAGGUGCUGUGGAGAUACAGUGGAGAAAAACCAGUGACUCUGGGUGCCAACACCAGACUAUACGACUGGAUCCCUCAGAAUGACCUACUGGGUCACCCCAAGACAAGAGCUUUCAUCACCCAUGGUGGCACAAAUGGGAUUUAUGAGGCCAUCUACCACGGUGUUCCCAUGGUGGGCAUCCCCAUGUUUGCUGACCAGCCAGACAACAUGGUCCACAUGAAGGCUAAGGGAGCUGCAAUUAUUGCAGACUUGAACUUCAUUAAGAUGGAAGACCUGAGAGAUGCUCUCAAUACUGUCAUCAAUGACAAAUCGUACAAGGAAAAUGUCAUGCAGCUGUCCAGCAUCCAUCAUGACAGACCAAUGAGUCCUCUGGAUGAGGCAGUAUUCUGGAUUGAGUACACCAUGAGAAACAAAGGGGCCGAGCACCUGAGGGUUCAGGCCCAUGAGCUCACCUGGUACCAGUAUCACUGCUUGGAUGUCCUGGCCUUCCUCCUCGCCAUUGUUCUGCUCCUCAUAUUUCUUGUCAUCAAGACCUGCAGUUUCUGCCUCCGGAGGUGCUGCGGCAGAAAGGAAAAGAGAAAGAGAAAGGCUGAGUAACUGACUGAACUGAAAUGAAGCUGGUAAUUCAAUUCAUUCUUUAUUUCAGACCCAGGGGGAUCCAUAUCACAAUAAAAAAACACAGUAAAAAGACAGCAGAGUAAAAUUAAGAAAGAAAAGUAACACACAAGAAAAAGACAAAGCCUUCCACAAUGUUCAAUGUCUAACAUACAGACAUGUUCGCCAAUGGUUCCACAGUCUGGAAGAAAAUCUGACAGAACUGGGUGCAGGGUUAGCCAAAACAGCGAUUAAGUCGUUUUCUGACUCAGAUGCCCUACACAUAAAUCUGUACAUCAGGUUAUGUAGAACAGCAGGGCAGGUAGGUACCCCGACACUAACAAACAUAUGGCUUGCACUUGAGCUUAUUGAAGCUCUCAGCAGCAGCCUCAUGCUGUCAUUAUAAGCCACUGUGAGUUUUCUAAUGCUGCCUUGUUUAUAACGACACCACAGCUAGGCAAGGUAAAAAACUGAUGGAUAAAAAAACAGUCCACUGGUUCUCCUGUUGGUCUAAAUCAUGUGAUGUAACCACAGUGCCCUGGACUGUAAUUUGUGGCAUGGGGCCAGAAACUGUCACAACUUUGAAAUAAAUAAUUUGGGUAACAAAACUGAAAAUACAUUCAAAAAAUCUCUCUACAGUGUCCAAUAUGACUGUGAAACUCCAAGUGAUGUAACAUGUUUUGUACUACUUGUUUCACUUGCUUUGUCACCGUGAACUCAGAUUAAGUCAACCUGUAAACUGAAGUAAAAACACUGUUCGACUCUCCAUGGACAACACCAUGAAUUUGCAUCUCAACAUACUGUAGGUGGACACUCUUCUCGUUUGUUCCAGCAUCAAUUGCAGACAAGUGUGAUCUAGUUUCCAUUAUGUCCGUUACCCAAAGUUAUAUUUUCUUCUUUUAAAAACACAUUAGUUUUACUUUUACGUGAGAAUAAAUUUCUGUGGUCAUAUAUCACCACUUUUAA